GUUCAGCAGCGUUAGAUGGAGGAAGCUCCUUAAUGAAUGUUGAGUGUAUUCUGUGAAAGUGUGCUUAAUAGAGCCAUGACUGGAUUUCUUUGGUUGGGCAGCAUGAAUUGUGAAAGGUCAUGGCACUGAGUCCUGAUGAUGAAGAUUAUGACACCUCUCAGUCCAGGGCCUCAGCAAGACUAAAACCGCGGCCUGCCCCAUCAUCAGGACCCAAAAUACUUGUCCAUAAAUCAACAAGUGGAGCACGAAGACGCAGGACACGAUGUCGCAAAUGCGAAGCUUGCCAACGCUCAGAGUGUGGCGAAUGCCACUUCUGCAAAGACAUGAAGAAGUUUGGAGGUCCUGGCAGAAUGAAGCAGUCCUGUCUCAAGCGGCAAUGUAUUGCACCCGUGCUACCACACACUGCAGUCUGCAAGAUUUGCGGUGAGGCAGGAAAGGAAGACAAUGUAGUGGAUGAAGCAGAGAAAUUUAAUGCUAGCUUAAUGGAAUGCUCCAUCUGCAAUGAAAUAUUACAUCCAGGAUGUCUGAAGGUGGAGGAGUCUGAAGGGCUUAUAAAUGAUGAGUUGCCAAAUUGCUGGGAAUGUCCAAAAUGUAACCAGGAAGGAAAAACAGGCAAAAAGAGAGGCCCUGGGUUUAAAUUCGCCUCCAAUCUUCCUGGGUCUCUCUUAAAGGAGUUUAAAGAAGGUGAAGAUGGAGGGAGGCGAAAGUCUGAAGACCUUGGACGUCCAAAAGUGGAGGAAUAUCAUCCCAACAGACGGAAAUCUGAUGAUGGUCUAGGACUCAAACGAAGAAAAGAAAAAGAUUUACCAACUGAUCUGGGCCCAAGUAAAAAGCUAAGAGGUGGAAAGGAUGACAAACUUCAAAAGAGGAAGAAACGCAAAACAACUCCAAAUUCUGAAGAAUGCACUAAAGCAAAUCAUGAAAAAUCAGAAGACGCAGAGAGAAUAGAACGGAUACGGCAAAUGAUGAAACGUGUCAACCGAAACGAAGCAACCAGCUCUAGCUCUAGUUCUGAUUCUGACUCCAAUUCAAGUUCUGGAUCAGAAUCCAGCUUGGAGAGAUCAACAGGAAGCAGUGAUGGAUCUAGUCCAAGGUCAAAUGCAAAGGCUGAUAACCAAAGGUCCAAGCUCAGAAGGCUUUCUAAUGAUAUUUUUAGUGAGGAAGAUGAUGAAGAGGAGGAAGAUGAUGUAGAAAAUGCAAAAAGUGUAAAAACAAAUUCGCUUUUGGCCUCAAAGGAUAGAGAAAAUAACUAUUAUUCCCUGAGAGGGGAGAAUAUGAAAAAAAACUCCUUUAGGACAGUGGAUGUUUCACUGCAGAAGAAAAAUGGACCAUCCAGUCAACUUUGCCACAAAGUUCUAGGCGGUUUGCCUCGUCCUCAGAUACUAAGCAAACUUUCUGUGCAGUCUCCUCCUAAGCCAUUUCAAAUGGAGCGGCAUGUGGUGCGACCACCACCCGAUAGUCCUGAGCCUGAUUCUUUACCAUUGGCUGGUGGCUCAGCACAUGUGAUGCAACGGGAAGUGUGGCUGGCAGUAUUCAGGUACCUCAGCCAUAAGGAUCUGUGCAUCUGUAUGAGAGUUUGCAAGACCUGGAGCAAAUGGUGCUGUGACAAGCGGUUGUGGACUACAAUUAACCUGAGUGGCUGCAAAUCAAUCACUCCAACUAUGCUGAGUGGGAUCAUCAGGAGACAGCCCAUCAUACUGAACCUUAGCUGGACAAACAUAUCCAAAAAGCAACUCAGUUGGCUAAUAAACAAAUUACAGAAUUUGAAAAUCCUGGCACUAGCAGGUUGCAUUUGGAGUGCAAUCUCUGCACUUUGUACAGCGAGCUGCCCCCUUCUACACAUGCUUGAUCUUCGCUGGGUGGAGGACCUCAAAGACUCACAGAUGAAAGAGUUGCUUUCACCACCUACAGAUUGCAGAGUAGGUCAGAACCACAAUCAGAGCAAACUCUGGAACCUGACAGAAUUUCACUUAGCUGGUCUGGACAUCACUGACUGCUCACUGGCACUGAUGACUCGUCACAUGCCAAUGCUGAACAAGCUGGACCUCAGCCAGUGCAACCAUAUGACUGAUCAGUCCAUCGCCCUCCUGACGGCGCCUGGAUCGUCUAUACGAGAAACACUGACUGAAAUUGACCUUUCAGGUUGCAAUCGAAUAACGGAUCAGUGCCUAUUGCUGCUUAAAGACUGCCCAAAUCUUACUCGAAUUGACCUUCGGAAUUGCAAACUGAUUUCUCCCCAAGCCUGUCAGCAGCUUGUGGAAGGGCUGGCAGCUGUUGCCCCCUUUGAACUCAUGGAAGACAAACUAUUAAAGAGGAGAAGUUUACAGUUGACAAAAUAGCCUCCCGAACACCCAUAAGCCUUGCUGAAAUGUUCCUCUGAGUCCAGAUGGAGACAGUGCAAAUAUAUUAUUUCAGAAUUGCCUCCGCCUGCUGCUUGGGGUGUACGUGUAUUUAUGGGCCAUGCCUUGAUAGUCUGGAGUCGUCAUGAUGAUCAUGUCGUUCACUGCCGGCAAAGUCAGUGAUCCAGUGACUGCUGUACAGUUUUUGGGGGGGUAAUUACUGGUGUAAUUGCCUUCACUUAGAAAAUGAAGCAUGGUUUUGGAAAAAAAAUUGUUUUUGUAUUGCAAAUACAGGGUUCUGACCAUUAUGCUCUAGUAGUAAACCUCUUCCCCCGCCUCCUCGUCUCUCCUUUUCCCCUUGAAGAGAAAACGGUGAUAUGGUAGAUUUAGGGAAUAUUUAAAAAUACACGGAACAUGAAGAUAUUAUGCAUGUUUGGAAAAAAAAGUACAAAGCUUAAAGAUGGGCUGCAAUUUAAUUUGGAAAAGACAGUCACUAUUUCCUCCAAGUCUAAAUUUGAGGAGAGUCCAAAAUAAUACCAGUACUUUCAACAAGUGUUGUUUAGUUACACUUCUGAAGAAGUGUAUGAUGUUUCCUUUGACAUUCCAUUUUGCUGCACUUCAGUUUUAACCUAUGAUGCAUAGGUUGAGAGUCAGCACGUUUAUCUUAAUACUGAAAAAUAAGUUGUCAGUUUGCAAAACCUGGUUAGUGAAAUAAUUCCUGGUAAUAACAGACUUCAUUCAUUCCUGUUAUGGAUUUUUGUCACUGACUUCUUAUUCCUUUGAUCAAAACAUUCUAGGUCAUUUUAUUGAGGCCAAAUUGAUUGCUGUGACAUUCUAGUUCUGCUCAGAAUUGUGAAAAACGGGUGUGCUGUGUUGUCUAACAUGUUUUAUUACAAAGUUGUGUUUUGUAGGGUGUGCUUUACUUAUUAAUAAUCUGCAAUGAUAUUGUGCAUAUUUCAUAGUGUUUAAAAAUGCACCAUGGCAGCCCUCAUGGCCUAAUUAAGUGGUGUUUUAAUCUGAGAAAUGCAAAAUGUGCAGUGAUUGCAUUUUUUAAAAAUUAUUACUUUGAAAAGAACAACUUCACCAGUAGUUGUUCUAUCUCAUUUAAGUAGGAUAGACAAAAUGGAAACAUGAUAACUGUUUUAGACCAUUAGAUAAAUAAACAUGUAGGACUUUUGACACCAAUUGUACCAACUUAUUAAUAUUCCAUCAUGCAGUCACUGCUCAGGAACACAAUACUCUUAAGUUCAAAGCUGGUUCAUUGUCAGUGCAACAACAAAAUAAGACCUUUUUAUGAAACCAUCUGUGUUGUGCAAAGCACUUGCUUUUAAUAACUAACAUUAAUUGUAAUUAACCAUGCCCACCCAAACUUACCCUGUGCUAGAAAGAUUCGUACAGCUUGUUUAUGUAAAACUGUAAACAUGACUGGUUCAUUAACAAUGAGAAAUUUUAAAGUGCAUCUGUCGAUAGCAGAAUUUUUCUUAAUCUAAGUAUGCUGCCAAAAACAGAACUAAAUAGAAACACUAUGAGCAGUUUGGCAUGCCACACCUUUCAAGAAACAACUGAUACAAACUCAGGUUUACUUCUGCUUACUGAGAAAACACUGUUUUAUUUGUUUGGCCUUGCCCUAACAUUGGAUAUGUGUUUUACUGGCAAAUAUGCCCACUACCGUAAAUGUUAUACAAGUGAAUUAGUUUGCUGCCCUCUCUGGUGAGAAGACUUUUAUAUCAACUGAACUGGUUCUCAAAAAUCUACCUGAAUUUUUAUUUUUCAAAAACCCUUUUUGGAGUUUGAGAGUUCAGGAUGUUUAAUAUUUCUUACAUUGCCUGUUUGUAGGUUUUUCCUCCUUUGGAGCAAAGACUCUCAUUUUGUUUUUUUUUAAAUUUAAUAAGAGGCUCAUUUUUCAAUUUUCCACUGUGCUUAAAUGUUUUUAUGUCAAACAAAUACCAUGCACCCAUCUUUAAGCUUCUAUCAUUAGUCUAUGCACUGUUGGAGAGGGUGAGUAAAUGUUUGAUAAAUGGAGGACUUUCCUUACAGCCUUGCUUCUUAUCUGGCUUUGAAAAUAAUGUAAACCCUCUGCUUGUCCUCAAUUGUAUUCUGCUUACUACAAAUAUUAGCAGCAAAGGAUUUCAAGUACUGGUCACAGCAUGCUGUCUAAUGGCUAAAACAGAAUAUCUGUUCUGUAUAUCUCAUCUUUACAAAGAAAACAAAUUUAUUGUACAAGAAUGUACUAAAUUUCUGCCACACCUACACUCUUUAGAAUGUAGAUGGUACUUGAUUAAAGCAGCAGUUGUAAAAUUCUGUACAUUUAUACUAAGGCACCUGCUGCUUUCUGUAAGUAAUAGGGCGAUUGUUAAAGUUGGGUUUGAAAUAGUCUAAACUUUAAGGGGUGUGUAAUUAAAUUUAUACAUAAAACCAAAACAUUGACGGCUUUGUUUGAUCCAAAGAUAAAAUCGUCAGUAAAAAAAAACUGAAAACCUGUGUGAUAUUCUAAAGAAAUUUUAUCUUUCUUGGUCUGUUGUACAAAAUUUUUUUUUCCUCUUAAACAGUGCAGCAUUUUCCACUGUUUAUGCAGUGCAAGCUCUCAAACACAUUGGUUAAUAGGUCAUGCUGCAUACAUGAAGAUCUGAAUGUGUAAAAUGAACAGUCAACUGUGUAUGCUUAAUCUGUUAGUGUGACAACACCUGACAAAUGUUUCUUAAAGGAUUAUAGACGAGAUGUUUCUAUUCCUCGUUUUAUAGUGGGGACAUGUUUCUUUUUUAAUUUCAGCAAAAGUAUUUUUCUGUAAGUCUAGCCUUCUUAUUUCUAAUUAACUUUUGGCUUCAGUGGUAUUGGUUUAUGCUGUGGUGUCACAGAGGGAAGCUGGCCUAGUAUGGAUUAUCAUUUUCAUGUGUGCACUCUGAAUUCAAAUUGUGUGCAUAAAUAAAUUUUAUAUAAGUACACAAUGAUGCAUCUGUUUACAUACUAAUGGUGCAAGGAAAUCCGCACGUGAGACUAGUACAAAAGCAAUUUUAGCAACAGUGUCAUAGACGUUUACAUCACAUGGUUACUUGUUCUGUGAAUUUCCUGUGGUUAAACUCUUAUAUCAACUAGAAAAUUAAAUGUAUUUUCUAUUAUUUUAUUUAGCAUCUUAUUAAAGAAAUAUUCUAUGAUAAUGUAGCCAGCAGAAACUAAACCCACCUCUUGCACUAGUUUGUAAAGAGUUUUAAGAAUAUUCAGUUUUUAAUGCAAAGGAAAUUCAAAUUUGGAGAUCCAAUUUCAAUUAUUUUUAAAAUUGGUAAUACCACUUUAAGAAAAUCUCCUCCAGGAUUUGAGGGGUCUUUUUUUGUGCAUGUGUGCUUAAAUCCUUCGUGCUCUUUUCUCCUCCUAUUUUAAAAAAAAGUUUACUUUUAUACUCUGAGCUACCAUUUUUAGCAUGUCUGUCUUCCUUCAUGUGCAGGGCUCCUGGGAAAAUGUUUACUCUAAGUUUGGAAUGUCCUUUUUAGUAUGAAGACAGGAUUCAAAAGGUCACUUAAAUAAAAAGGGCACACACUGAAUUUAUUUUUUUAAAACUGCCAUCUAAUUUUUUUUCCCUGAAACUACACCACUAGUCAUUUCACUAGGAAGAUGAAACAUGACAUUGGACUUCAUGUUGGCAUCGGUAUUGGAAAAAUCAACUGUGCGAGUGUUUUUGUUAAAGCACAAAGUUAAUUUUUUUAGCUGGAAAAGUGUUUGUUCUCUUGACUAAUAGAUAAACACACAGGAUCAUUGCUUUAAUUCAGUAGUUUGUUAGGAAAACAUUUAGUUGUUUACCCUUAAUAAUGUGGAUUGGUUUGCCAAUUCAAAGUGGAUCUCCAAAACACACACACACGAAUGGCAGCAGUUAAAUUAAUUUCCCCUUUUACAUGUUUUCAUAAUAUUGUCCUGUCUGUUGUUUUAUUGCUAGUUUUUAUUAGUUUUAAUUAAUGACAACAGGGCAAUAUCAUCCACAUGUCUGUUACUUUCGUUUGUUCUCAUGUCUAGGUGCAAAAUCUUUGAAUAUUUCAAUCAAAAGCAAGGAAAAUUAAAUGCUGCCAUCCAAAAAGAUUUCAAUCCAUAAAAAGUUGGAUUCAUUUUUUUAAGCCUACCUUUUUUUUAAAACAAAACUGCUUUGUGAAUUUUGUAAAUAUAAACUUUUAAAAAGGAAUGACAUAGAAAACUGAGAAAUAGCCAGUAACAAUGUAAACAUGAGGUGAUUAAAAUAAUUGUUGACAUACACACUGCUUUUAUCUAUUGAAUGCUCUCUUGGACAUUGCACAUUAACCUAAUGUAUGCAGUUCAAUGUGAUCUGAUUUUCUGUCACUUAACAAAUAACUUGGUAAAUAAUUAUUUGUUAAGUGUCACUGUGCUAUCAAUGAAAGGUCCUACUAAUAAACUGGGAAGCUAGUUUAAUUGAACUGCCAACAUCUGAAAUCACUGCAUCUUUUAAUAUUCACAGCAUCAUGUGUGGCUGGUGGCUGUCAGACAGUAUGAAUGUGGUAAAUAUAUUGUAUCAAGAAAAACUAAAUGAAAGCUUUUAAUUUCAUUUUCCAUUUACAGAUACUAAGCAAACAAUUGGGAUUGCACUCUCGGGGGCCUGAUGUUUUUAAAACACAUGGAGAGGCUUUAUGUGUUUUUUUAAAAUCUGUCCUUGCUCAUUUUGCUUUUUAAAAAAAUCAGCCAUCUGACCUUCUGUUGUUAAUGUGCUUUUCAAUAUACAGUGUUGUCUUAUGAAAGCUCCUAUUUCACUUCCAUAAACCUUCCCUGGAUAUCACCAAAAUGAGGCAAAAUUGACAGGCAGUGUCAUUCAAAGGACUAGGACUCUGGAGCAUUGAUAGGAAAGUAAGCCUUCUAUAUAUCACAACAGCGUAAUACUUUUGGAGCCCAAGCAACCGUCCAUAUGUAUGUUAAUUAAUGCAGCAGUAUUGCUCUUCUCCACAUCCCUCUGAGCAUUUGAAUUUGUCGUCAUCUAAUUUUAUACUGUCAGUCCACUGUGAAUUAUCAAUUCCACUCAGCAUUUUUAGAAAUUUUACAUAUAUUGCCCAUGUAUUCUACUGACUCAUUGCAGAGGAAAUCACUCUUGGAUAGGCUGCAGGGCAUUCUACUGGAAAGAAGAAGAAUGGCUAUGAUGACAAAAUGGCAAGGCUGCCACAGGACCCUCUCAUGUUUAUAUCUAAUUGAACACUGUUUUCUUUCAUUGGUUGUAAAUUUGUUCCUUUUUCCAAAACAAUCCUAAGUGGCAAAAAAGCAAACUGUAUCACUCUCUGAAUCUUCAGUCUUUGUUUUGUCAUUGAUUGCCAAAGAAUGAAUGGGAUUACUUGACUAUGCUAGGGGUCAGUGGUGUAGUAUAUGAUACAAAUGUUGAUAAGGGCAAUGAAGAUUAAUCAGGUAGGCCUUCAUACUUCUGUUUUCACACUUCUGUUGCCUCAUUGGCCUUGCUCAUUCGGUAGAAUAUACUUCAUCCUGGUACAUUGGGAACUAACAAUUUCUGGUUUGAAGUCUUCACAGCAGUUUUAUUUUCUUAAUUUGCAGGGUUAGAACAUUACAGCACAGUACAGGCCCUUCGGCCCUCGAUGUUGUGCCGACCUGUCGUACCGAUCUGAAGCCCAUCUAACCUACACUAUUCCAUGUACGUCCAUAUGCUUGUCCACAGUUAUUCACUCAGGUGUCGAUUUUUGUUUUAGGAAUUUCUACCAGGGAAUAUAAUUGUGUGUAAAAUUGUUCCGAAGAAGCUAGAUUUUGUUCUGAAUUCUGCCAUCAAUGCUAUCAUUUCACCUGAGUGAAGUUGUGUUUGUAGUGAAAUUCAAUGGUUAUUAUUUAAAAACAUAUAUUGUAGUUUUGUUUUUGCCAGCCUUAUCCUAAUGCACUGCAUUACAUGCCCAUCUCUUCAAGAACAUUUUAAAUCCCCUCUGUUUCUAUUUCUUUUCCAAACGUGACUUUGUUUUUCAUUUGGUUUUGACAGAUGUUUAAUAAAGCAGCUGUCAGUAAUAUUUAAUGAAGGAUUUGGCAAGAAGCUGAAAGUACAGGUGAGUUGCUGUUGCUGAUUGCAGUGUCUUGGUAUUGAGCUGAAUGGCCUCUUUCUAUACUGGAAUCAUAUUUGAUUCAGUGAAAAGGAGCUAUUAAUGCCACAUGGAGAAAAUUAAAAGCCCAACCAAAACUUGCCUUAGUGAAGCCAUCGAUAAAUGCUCAUCCUUUGUACUUCACCUUCAGUGCCAUUGCAAAUCUUACAACUGACAUUAGUUGAAAUGCAUUUUCUGUGUGUAAAGUAUAUUCAAAUAAAUGCAAAUUGCUGUUCAGUUUGUUUUGAGAAACCCUCCAGAUAACUGAAUUUGGUAAACCAAAGCAUGAUGCUGUUGAUUUAUGCCUACUCCUUUAGAAUAGUGCCUCCUGUCUCAUUAUCCUAUUUAUGAGGGGAAAUUUCUUUUGAAUUCAAGUCUAACUGGCUAUUAAAUAACAUUCCAUAAAACUAAAGUCUGUGCAUGUUACCACAGCCUUUGAAUAAUACAAACCUACAGCCAAACUUGAUGACAUUAGUGGAAAAGUGCAUGGAGUCUAUAUGAUGUCACUGCCUAUUUAUCAGACUUAACCAGUUAAUAGAUGCAGGUUAACAGAAGCAAUAAAAUGAGCUGAGGGCUGUCAUCAACUGCAGUAAGCUGUAGGAUGCUGUUUAAAUUUAUCAAUUUAGAUCUGCUAAGGUGGUGUUUAUUGUAGUAAUAUGAAUGUCCAAGAAAAAUGUUUUUUCUAAUUGGUUUGUGAAGGCUUACUUUAUUCUUGGAGUAAUAGAAAUCAUUCCUAUUCCCAAAAUGCACAAGUUCUGUAACAGUUCUGAUCUGAUUCUGACCAAUAUCUGUGCGUCUAGUAAGUCUCGGCGGUUGAAUGUGCACCUUGUCUGUUGGGAGUCAGGUUGGCAUAUGUGCUAUAUUCGGAGGGUCAACCCCGGGACAGCACUUGGUACUUUCAUACCAGUUGAAGGCUUGAGUUCAAUUGGAAUAUUCCCAAACUCAGUUCUCUUAAACUUGACUUAAUACGAGACCUGAGCUAUGCUUUACCAAGGGUGCUGCCCUAAUACUGAAUCUCUUAACGUGAUGGAAUAUCUGACACUUUAGGUGCACCUAAAACGUCUGCAUUAAAACCAGUAAUUGUGUAUAUAAUGAGCUCAUAACCUCAAAAUCUCUCCAAUUGUGUCUGGACAGCCAGAAAAAUUAAGGAUGCCUUUAUUUGGUGGCUGCAGCUUUUAUUGCAUUUUCAGAAUAGCUUCACUGCAUUUAUUUAAAAUUUCCUGGGAAGUUUAAAUUCUUGUUUUUGGGAUAUCAUUUCCAAUUUUUGUUUUAACAAAUGUUAUUGUCUAUAAGUGUAGAAAUGUUCACAGCAGUUUGAAGGAUAUGGCUUACAAAAUGAAACAAAUGAUGACUGGGAGAAAGUCAAGAACUCAACUGUUGUUUGGAACUUUUACAGCAGUUUGCUAGGUAUUGUGGGAAUGGCAUCGUCGUGUGGAGUUUUUGUAAAAAUAAAUUCUAAAUCUUCAUGACUGUAACUGUCUCGGAGAUGAAAUAAUUAGCCACAUACCUGCAGUAAACACUAAAGCCUAUUGUUGUACUUUGAGUGCUGUUUUUCCUUUUUAUCAACCUCCUGUGUUUUUAAAGUAUGCAGAAUUUCAUGAAAGGACAAUCAAAAGUAUAUAUUUUUUAAGAGAAACAAUAUUAGGAGUGGUCCCAGAGGUUUGAGCUCAACUCAUGUUACAGCAUGAAAGAUUGCUGUGUCACAUGGUGCAGUUUCUGAUUUUAGCCUGUCCCCUUCCAUUGAGUUUUCUUGCCAGUUAAGAUUCAUGCCUCUGGCACAGUAUAUUAUGACACAUUUGAAGCAGUUCUGGCUUCUGUUGCUUGUUUAUACAGAAGUUGAUCUCCCUUCUGUAUGUUUCAAGCCUGAGGGUUUUGAUGAAAUUCUGUUUUAAAUGUAGUCCAAAUAUUCAGUGUAUGAUUCAGUUCAAAUAUUUUCAACUAGGUUUAAUUAACUCAUUAACCAUGUUGUACCAGCAUGUGAAAUCUGACAAUAGAUGAGGGUUUGAGUGAACUUUGCCACUCCGUCCAUCUUGUAAUCUCCUCCUACAUGGGGAAAUAGAAGGCCGCCUUGUUUAUAUCUGUUCAAUCUAUGUUCGUGCUUAAUGUUGUUACACCACACUUUGGUUUCAGCUGAACUGGCUUUAAUGGUCAGCAUACUGGAGGGUGUGUCAAUUUAAAUGUGGACCAAUAUUGACCAAGUAUAUUCAGGGUCCUCUGCAGUGAAAAUAAAAGUGGAAGACUGCCGAAGGGACCCUCCAUCUUCUGAGACUUGCAUUUUACUGUUGCUUAUAUAUAUGUCAUACUUAGUGAGGGCCACACACGCUCAUGUGGAUCGCCCAACAAUUCGGUUUGUGACUUUUUGUUCCCUGUGUUCUUCUAGGUAAUAGAAAAUAAAUGCAGAGUUUUGUAAA